GACCGCCGGUCUCUGCCCAGCUCUCCACCAGGCUGCCCAAGACCUGGAAGCCGCAGCUCUUCGAGCGGCAGUUCUACAGCGAGAUCCUGGACGCCACGCUGACCAUCACCGUCACCAUGCGGACGCUGGACCUCAUCGACGAGGCCUACGGCUUUGACUUCUACAUCCUCAAGACUCCAAAAGCCGAUAUGUGCUCGAAGCUCGGGAUGGAUUUGAAGCGAACGAUGCUGCUGCGACUUGCACGGCGGGAUCCCAAACUGCAUCCCGAUGAUCCAGCCAGGAGAGAGGCGAUCUAUAAUAAGUACAAGGAAUUUGUGAUCCCAGAAGAGGAAGCUGAGUGGGUUGGCCUGAGUUUAGAAGAAGCAAUAGAAAAACAGAGGCUCCUAGAAAAAAAGGACCCUGUCCCGCUCUUUAAGGUGUAUGCUGAAGAGCUCGUCAACCAGCUGAAAGAACAGGCGCUGCAGAAGCAGUAGAAGGAAAAAAACCUUUGGAGCAAAACCCC